GUGGGGGAAAUGUGGGCUGCUGGCGCCGUGAACGUUAGCGGUUGCUUGGCUGCCUUUUCCGUCACUUUGAGACGGUGCUUGAAAUUGGGAGCGGCAAUGGCAAAGAGCAAGUUCGAGUACGUGCGGGACUUCGAGGCUGACGACACAUGCCUUGCCCACUGCUGGGUGGUGGUGCGGCUGGACGGCAGGAAUUUCCAUCGGUUUGCUGAGAAGCACAACUUUGCAAAACCUAAUGACAGCCGUGCUCUCCAUCUAAUGACUAAAUGUGCCCAAACCGUAAUGGAAGAACUGGAGGAUAUUGUGAUUGCAUAUGGGCAGAGUGAUGAGUACAGCUUUGUGUUCAAGCGGAAAAGUAAUUGGUUUAAAAGAAGAGCCAGUAAGUUUAUGACUCACGUGGUCUCCCAGUUCGCCUCCAGCUAUGUGUUUUACUGGCGGGAUUACUUUGAGGACCAGCCCCUUCUGUAUCCCCCAGGCUUUGAUGGAAGAGUCGUGGUGUAUCCUAGCAACCAGACCUUAAAGGACUAUCUCAGCUGGCGGCAAGCAGAUUGUCACAUCAAUAAUCUUUAUAAUACAGUUUUCUGGGCACUUGUACAGCAGUCUGGAUUAACACCAAUACAAGCCCAAGAGAGAUUACAGGGAACUCUUACAGCAGACAAGAAUGAGAUUUUAUUUUCUGAAUUCAACAUCAACUACAAUAAUGAGCCACUGAUGUAUAGGAAGGGAACUGUGUUGAUAUGGCAGAAGGUGGAUGAAGUCACGACAAAAGAAGUUAGGCUGCCAGCAGAAAUGGAAGGAAGAAAGAUGGUGGUGACCCGGACCAGGACUAAGGCGGUGCCCUUACACUGCGAUGUCAUUGGGGAUGCUUUCUGGAAGGAACAUCCAGAAAUCCUACAUGAAGACAGCUGACCCUUUGCUUUUCAUUACUGGUGUGCUUGACCAUGCAGGGUCCCCCAAGUCUCCUGGCCUUAGGUGGCCCUAGCAUCUGUGCCAUGCAGAACAGUGUCCUGGGAGUGACAUGGCUCUGGUUGGGAGGGGAACAGAGAAAGAAGGGAUGAAUGUGGGUGGUGUAUCUUGUUCUGCUUUAAGUGGAACACCUAUUUUUCGGUGUUGAAACAUGGUUCCUUUGGUAGAAGUACAGUUUUUUAAAAAUCGUGGUACUAUUUUUAUAAAGCAAGAACUAUUUUAUGCCUUGCAAAAUGAAUCAUUUUUAGAUUGUGGCGUAAGCCUUAUAAAAACUUGUCAAGCUCUUUUCACCUAUGAUAGAAGAUGAGCCCAAACUUUACUCUCACCCACUUAUUCUUUUUUUUUUUUAACAUCUUUAUUGGGGUAUAAUUGCUUUACAAUGGUGUGUUAGUUUCUGCUUUAUAACAAAGUGAAUCAGUCAUACAUAAACAUAUGUUCCCAUAUGUCUUCCCUCUUGCGUCUCCCUCCCUCCCACCCUCCCUAUCCCACCCCUCCAGGCUGUCACAAAGCACCGAGCAGAUCUCCCUGUGCCAUGCGGCUGCUUCCCACUAGCUAUCUACCUUACUAUGUUUGUUAGUGUGUAUAUGUCCAUGACUCUCUCUCGCCCUGUCACAGCUCACCCUUCCCCCUCCCCAUAACCUCAAGUCCGUUCUCUAGUAGGUCUGCGUCUUUAUUCCUGCCUUACCCCUAGGUUCUUCAUGACAUUUUUUUUUUCUUAAAUUCCAUAUAUAUGUGUUAGCAUACGGUAUUUGUCUUUUUCUUUCUGACUUACUUCACUCUGUAUGACAGACUCUAGGUCUAUCCACCUCAUUACAAAUAGCUCAAUUUCGUUUCUUUUUAUGGCUGAGUAAUAUUCCAUUGUAUAUAUGUGCCACAUCUUCUUUAUCCAUUCAUCCGAUGAUGGGCACUUAGGUUGUUUCCAUCUCUGGGCUAUUGUAAAUAGAGCUGCAAUGAACAUUCUGGUACAUGACUCUUUUUGAAUUUUGGUUUUCUCAGGGUAUAUGCCCAGUCACCCACUUAUUCUUAACCACAGAAUCCAGUGACCUUGGUCACCUUGCCCACCUAUCUACUUGCAUUCAUCUUUGGCAGACCUGGAGUUAAUAUGGGUUGAUGCCUGCCUGAUGCCUCUGAAUUCAGGAAUUCCAGGGCAAACUCAGGGCUUUGUGCCAAUCUCCAGAUUGGCAACUUGAGCUGAACAAAUGAGUUGUAGUUUGGAUGUCCUUGUGUAAACAUUCCCUAGAUUGAUUUUGUGGAGUUGGCAGCCUGAUCAUCAUGAUCAUCUUGCCAGGGGCAAUGAUUACAAGGCCACUUAACCUCUUUCUAAGAAGAAAGAGAAUUACCUGUUUAUGUGGGAGAAAGAAAACAGCGAGAAUGAAUGAAUGAGGAGGAAGAAACAUUUACUCUCUGUCCUCUAGACACUUCAGUUUUGAAAGUCACCUUCCUGUGGACUUCCUGAAAAAGAUUCUCAGGUAGCCUCUGGAUAAUCGGAACAGUGACAUUUGAGUUGGAGAACAGAGGGACCAAUCCUCAUCUUGGGGUCACAGGUAGCAGGUGGCAGAGGAGUCCUAAUAGUUCUGCCUGCCAACGGGCCAGUGGAGUUGGGCGAGGAGCAGCAGGAACUGCGUGUCGCCAAGCCGUUGGCCUCUGAAGGGGGGAGGCAGUGGGGAUAGGUGGUCGAGCACUCAUGUCUCCUCUUGUCCUCAUUUCAUGUUGUAGAGGAAGAAGAUUAAUUUGGCUCUAUAAAGAAUUAACUAAGAGACAGCCCACAUCCCUGUGCCUGGUCUUGCACUGUAGAAUUUACAGCCAAGAAGAAAAUGUAUUUUUGAAAGGGCAACGGCUGGUCUCAUCCCUCACCAAUUGACACCCCAUCUGUCAAUGCCUUUUUUUCCCUUCCUGUUCUCUUCGCUUCGUGGUAAUAGGAGACAUGGCUCAUGUUUGGUAAUUGAUAAGAUUUCUUUGAGAGAAAAAAAUAAAGCUUUCAACUCUCUUGG